CGAGGAGGAUCGAAUUGCAGCUUAUCGGAGGGCGUAAACAGGAACACCCCCGGCAGAAACGCCCCCACGGUGACGAACGCAUCUGGAAACAAACCGAAUAUAUUUCGCAUAAAUAGUGGCACAUGUCGAUCUUAGGUACGGCCAUCUCACGCACCAACUCGCAGGAGACCGUGUCCAUGGAGGGCUCGCGACCCGCGGCCCCCGCUCAGCCCGGCACAGUGAAGACCAGCCUGGCUGCCACCCUGGGCAUUGACAAGCUGACUGAGAAGUCGCAGGUGUCCGAGGAUGGCACCAUGGUCUCCGUACAGCACACCCCGUCGGACCACAGUGACACGGAAUCCAACUCGGGAAGGGAUAACGAGGACGUGUUUUACACAGAGGCCGAAACGGCCCGGAGGCGUCUGUCCAGUGUGUCCUCGGUCUCAAGCUGGACCCCCACCCCAGAAUGGUCUGUUUAUGGACGACAAAAGGUACAAGAUGGAAGGAAGUCGUGUGAAAGCUGGGCUUCCUCACGACGGAUCCUGUGGAUGCUGUUCGAGGGGCAUCCAGUGUUACUACAGGGUCCAAUGGGAGGUAGUUUCUGUGGCAGGGAAGUGACGGCACCUGACUGUCCCAGUCGGGGAUGGGUGGGGGCAUAG